AUGGAUUUAGACCCUCACAGAUUUGUAUCACAGAUCCCUGUUCUAUCCUCGCAAAAUGUUAAUCAAGAAAGCAAUAAACAUCGAAGAAAUAGUGCGAGCGCUGAGCUUUCUGAAAUGAUGAAUAAGAGCAUUGCUGCUAAUACAAAAUCAGAUCACAUAAAGAGGAAAAGAUCAAGAUCAACAGUUGUUAACAAUAAUGAACUCCAAGGACUACCGAAUAGAAGCAGAGCUUUGACCUUAUCAGAAGUAGGCGCAACAAAAAGGAACUCUUCCUACAGAUUAUCUCAGAGGCAUUCGCUGCAAAAUAGGUCAUCCUUCUACGGUAACGAACUAUUGCAAUCUCAGUCGCACGCAACUAAUAGAGAUCCAAGGCCAUUGCGUGAUAAAAACUUCCAGAGCGCAAUACAGCAAGAAAUUUUUGACUACCUUUUACAGAAUAAAUUUGACAUUGAAACUAAUCAUCCUAUAUCUUUAAAAUCUUUGAAGCAACCUACACAGAAAGGUUUCAUAAUAAUAUUCAAAUGGCUUUAUAGUAGACUUGAUCCAGGCUACCAAUUCACUAAAUCUAUUGAGUACGAAAUAUACCAAAUUUUGAAGAAUCUACAAUAUCCCUAUUUGGAAACAAUAAAUAAAUCGCAAAUAAGCGCUGUAGGUGGUUCAAGUUGGCAUAAAUUUCUGGGCUUGCUACACUGGCUUAUCAGAGUCAAUAUCAAAUUAGAUAAGUUAUCGAGUGAUUUCAAUCAAUCGUUACUAAAUCAGCCGACUCAGGAGAUGGUUGUUAUCAAUAGCUCCAAAACUAUUUCAACAUUAGAUGAACAAGAUCAAAUUCAAGAGAAGUAUGAAAUAAUGGUGGAAAACUUAUUCAUUGACUAUAUAUCAAGAUCCUAUCAGAACUUCUUAAAUUCGAAUGAUGAUUUUAAUACAGCAAUGGAAGAAUUAACAACCGGCUUUGAAAAAUUUACACAUAUAAUUGAUUCUGACAUUAAUACAUUAGCUGUAAUGAACGAUCGAAUGUUUGAAAAUUAUCAAUUUAUUAUAAAAAGGCACGAAAAAUUCAAAGUGUCCAUAGAAAAGUACAAUGCACUAAAGGGAGACCUCACAAAAUUUCAAAACUAUAUUAGUACAAUGGAAUCAAAAUCUGUCGAAUGGCCUAAAAAAAUAGAUAAAAUGAAUUCUGAAUUAGAAAAGAAAAAAUCGGAAACUAAUGAUAUCGAGAAUGACAUCCGAAAUAUAUUGAAAUCGUUAGAUGACAGAGGCUUAUCAAUUGAGCAAAUCGAAGAGCAAAACAAAGAAAAAGAAGCUUUGAUGCAUGAAGUUGAUGAAAUUACCGAUCAAACUGAUAAAUUGACUGGUAAUAUAAGGGCCAAGAAAGUCGAAAAUAACAAUAUCGUUAAAAAUCUUAUAAACGUACUGAAACAGUACAAUAUGACCCUAGAAAAAUUAUUCAAUGAAAGAGAAAAAAUGGAUGGGAUCGAUUCAACGAGUCAAAACAAGACUAAAUUUAAGAUACAGCUUCCUGAUUCGAUUUCAACUAACGAUACUACCGAAUCAGUUCCAGUGCUAUACGAUGAUUUAUUCAAAGAUAUAAUACCUUCUAUCCCAGCAGAAUCAGAAUUUUCAAUAACGGAACUGAUAAGAAAGGAAGCAUCGAAAUUAAAGCUCGAGAUUUUUCAAAAAAUUGAAAUUAUCAAAAGCGAGAACUCUGGUAUCGAGGAAGAAAUCCUGAAGCUGAAAAACGAGAUAAACCAAAAGAACACCGAAAAUGAAAAGCUGGAAGAUGAACUGCUUGAGUUAAAGUCAUUGUUUGAUAUAACAAGGCAAAAAAAUGAAAAUCUACUGGUCUCAGAAAGAAUUACUAUCGAAAAAUUAGAAAAGAAGAAUAAUGAUUCUAGUAAGACUAUUACCUCUAAAACAGUUGAAGCCAACCAGCUAGUAAAAAAGAAAAGGCUUCAGUUAGAGGAGCUCCAAAGAACCCUCAAUGCUAAAAGAGUAUCCUUACAUAAGGAAAUUUUCGAGAUUAUAAAUUUUGUUGCAACAUUCAAGUCAAGUAUGCAAAAUGCUGUCCAAAUGACACAAGAAGAGCUCACAAAAGAGUUCGAAAAAGUAAACCAAUUGGAUGACGAUAUCUAA